AUGGCUUUCAACUUCGGUGCGUCCAACCCCGCUGGGGAAAGCACCUCUGCGGAGCUUGGUUCAGAGCUUCCCGAUGUCUUUACCGAUGAAGUCGGUUUCAAAGGCGUCUCCGGGGACGCAAAUAUCCGCUUCCUCCCAACUGCAUGGCCCGACAACGCGCUUCCUGCUCCUACUUCCUCACUUCUGGCUGUCGCACACAUCAAAGGCCUCGUUGUUGGCGCUGGCCCAGAUACGCUGGUAAUCAGUACAACAGAUGUCGUCAGAAAGUCCAUCGAGGCGCCGGCUGGAGAAGAUAUGGAGAAAACGAAGCCAUUCAAACCCAUCGCCACAAUUCCCCUUCCUUCUCGUCCCACUCAUGUGGCAUUCACACCGGGCGAAGACGGGUUGAUCCUCGCCACGGAGAAUGGCCCUGGGAUCUCGGUUUUUGAUACAAACGCUCUCACACAAGGAAAUGCGCAGCCAGCCAUUUCAAUUCCUACAAAUGGCGUGUCGCUGCGAGCAUUGGCACCAAACCCUGACCCUUCCUCGACACUUGUCGCGCUGGUAACCAUGAACGGCGAUCUUCUUAUCGCUGAUCUUAAGGCUGGGAGCCUACUUCCUGGACCGAAUGGCCCAGUUCUCAAGGAUGGUGUCAGCUGUGCUUCGUGGAGCAACAAAGGAAAGCAGCUUAUUGCUGGAUUGGCUGAUGGCACUGGAUACCAGAUGACUCCAGAUGGAACGAAAAAGGCUGAAGUUCCUCGGCCGUCCGAUUUGGAGGGAGAUUGCCACAUCUCAUCCAUCGCAUGGCUUGAAAACGAUGUUUUCUUCGUCACGUACACACCAAAUGUUUCGGAGGACGAUAUGGGAAUGAACCCACCUUCUUCAUACUAUAUCAUAACCCGUCGCAAGCAGGCACCGUUCCUCAUCCAGAAAUUGCCAGAAGUCUGCUCUACUAUGGGCUUUAUGCUGAAGCGUGGCCCCGCAUACCAAUUUAUCACCAGAAUUAGAGAAUACAAGCCUCACUUGAGAGAUGUCUUGAUCGUGGCGUCAACUGCGUCUACUGAUCUCGGACUUAUCACGCGAUCCGACCAACCUCUGGCGAAUGAUGAUCGAACAAAAUCUCAUGUUGGUCAGUUCAUGACCACAGAAGUAAGCGACGACACCAAACGUGCCAGUGUGCCGUUGAAAGACUCUGGAGAUGAGACAUCAGUCAUUGGCCUAGCACAAAACCUGUCAGCUACGGAAAAUGUUGUUGCGCCCCUUCCGGGUUCUGAUAUCUUGGAGAGCUCGACGCCCCUUCCCGGGGUGCUUCUUUUGAAUAAUGAUGGUAUUCUUUCGUCUUGGUGGUUCGUUUACGCUGAUUCCAUUCGCCAAAACAUCCCGUACUCGGGGUUGAUUUCGUCUGAUCAGGCAAUGCAAGCUCACUCUCAGCCACAGGCAGUAGCUUCAACCCCGGCCCCAACCUCUGCACAGAAAACUACGCUUUGCCAGCCAUCGUUUGGAUCUCUACAGUCAUUUGGCCAGUCAGCUUUCAGCAACUCUGCGGGAGCUUCUCCCUUUGGUAGCCCAUCGGCCCCAGGAGCUUCGACUAUGGGCGCGACUGGGCUUGGGAAACAAAGUGCUCCAGCAUUUAGCAGUCUCUCCCAGCUUGGUGGAAGCACUUCCCCCUUUGGAAAGACGUCGUCCCCGGCCCCUGCUCACGCUUUUGGGACCCCCUCUCAGCCUGGCGUAUCAUUCGGCACCCUCGGUACCCCUGCACAGCCAAAGUUCGGGCAGUCUGGCUUUGGUACUAAGGGACCUGGCUUUGGACAGUCUAGCUCCCCGGCAAACCCAUUCGGGGCCAAAUUUGCAGCAUCCGGUGGUGGUUUCAGCCCCUUCUCCGGUGGAGAUGGCUUCAGUAGCUUUGCAACCGUGAAGGCGGGCGAGUCACCAUUUGCGGUAACGCAAUCGAAAGGGUCGCCAUUCGCAAACGCUUCUGCUGGUCAAAGUGCUUUCGCCAACAGCUCUGCUUCGCCCUUUGGAUCCAAGCCUCAAGUCCCGACUUCGUUCCCACCUCCAGCGUCCAGCAAGGUCAAGAAUCCCUUUGGCGCCGCGCAAGGUGGCUUUGAACUCAAGUCUACCUUCAAGGGCGAUGGUUCGGCUGCCAAUGAUUUGCCAAAAGCAAACAAAACUUCUUCCGGAUCGCUCUCAUUUGGUGGCUCCUUCGACGAGAUGGUUUCAACGCCCCGCAAGGGAAGCUCGUCGCCGAGUGAAUCAAUGGAUGACGCUGAAGAGAUCGAACCUGUGAAUAAGGAGACUUUUUCAAUUUUCGGCGGGGCAAGCAAGCCUGCUUCACAGACUCCCACAUCCAUGUUCAGUUCAAAGACGCAGUUCUCAAAGGCAAUGACUCCGGCCGAAAACCCGAAGCCAGCAUUCUCGAUGUUUGGCACUACUGCUGACCAAAAGCGCGUGACCAGCUCAUUGUCAGCACUAUCUGAUAAGACAGAGACGCCCAAGAAGACUUGGUCUAACACAUCGAGCAUCAAUGUGGAGACGCCAUUGCCACCAGAUCCUAUCACCCCGGCUAGUUAUGCGGCUGAGGAUGCCCCGCUUCCUCCUGAUUUCACCAAGGCGAAGAAGUCUUCACCGAAAGCUGAUGAUGACGCCCCUCUACCGCCUGAUUUCCUUUCAAAGAAGAAGAUUGCACCUAAGACGGACGACGCCCCUCUUCCCCCCGAUUUCCUCACCAAAAAGCCUGUUCCGAAGACGGACGACGCUCCUCUUCCCCCCGACUUCCUCACUCGGAAGCAGUCUGCACCCAAGAUUGACGACGCUCCCCUUCCUCCAGACUUCCUAACAAAGCCCAGAAAGUCCGAGGCUGCGGUUGUCCCCGAGGACGCACCUCUCCCGCCCAACUUUACCGCAAAGCCAAAGACUAAAUUCUUCGAGGAGGCAACUCCAAUCCCCGAUGAAUCUGACGAAUCUGGCAUCUCCGAUGGAGAUUCCGAGGCCGCAGAUGAGUCGGAUUUUAGUGACAGCGGCGAAGAAAUCACACACGAUGAAGCAAUAAUCUCCAAAUCCAAGCAAUCGACCCACAGCUCGUUUGGCGCUGUUUCUGAGCAAAGCUCCACCAGAGGUUUCUUUAGCAGCCCUGCUCGUAAUGCAGAUGAUCAAGCCCGUCUUCCCCGGCAGCUAUUCGGGGAGAUUCCCAAGCAGCCACUGCUUCCUCCACCGGGCCCCAUUGCCCAAAGUAAUCGUGAACCCUACCGGUCACCGAGUCCGGUUCGGGCCGCGCCGAAAAAGAACGUGCUAUUCUCUGAGAAAUCACAUGGCCGUAAAGGGUCUACAGGCGCGUUACACUCGCGCAAGGCAUCCCUUACCCAAAUUGCCCAGCGUGAUGGCCAUCUGAGAAAGGCUAGCGAUGUUGCUCGCGAGGAGCAAGAGAAGCAAGCACGCGCACAUGCAGCAGCUCAGCUUCAAGAAGAUGAUGUUCUAUCUUUGUCUGAUGAUGAUGAGGACGAUAGACUCCGUGAUGAACUGGCUCAGCCUGUCGAGCCUGUUGAUACCCUGGAUCCAUUCUUGCCCCACCAAAACUACAUGUGCGAGACUGCAAAGCCAGGUAUCGCCGGCCAGGUCGAACGGCUCUAUCGUGACAUUAACUCCAUGGUAGAUACAUUGGGAAUAAACGCUAGGUCAAUGGUGGGAUUCCUUCUGCACCAACAGCCCAAGAAACCCUGCGAUAUCGAUGAGUGGGUAAUGGUUCUCAACAGCGACCAACCUGCUGAAAUUCUCGACACGAAUAUGACCUUUAAGGAUAUCGAGAGAUUUGAAGAGCUGAUUGCUUCAAUCGCGCAAUCACUGAACAACCAGCGGGUACAAGGAGUGGAUGAAAAACUCGACGCAUGCCGCGACCUGCUCACAAAGCAGGUCGUCACCCUGCGAAGCCAGUUUGCAAGCAUCCGCAAGACUCUUGACGCACACACCGACGUCGGCACUAUUCUCGAAGCUCCCCUUUCUGCCGAGCAAGGUGCACUCCAGCAAGAUGUACGCACCACAUUCACAAAUAUCCAGGUCAAGAUAACCGCCCUUGAACAGGCAGUCUCCCUCCUGCGUGCCAAAAUCGCCGACGUUUCGCAGGCAAAUGGCACAGGCAGGAACAGACCAACCGUCGAGGCUGUUACCAAGACCAUUGCUACAAUGAUGAGCAUGGCCGAGGGAAAGAGCACAGACAUCGAUGUUCUCGAGGCACAGAUGCGCAAGCUCGGGGUGGACAUUGCUCCCACAGGACCCCCAAGCCGCGAAGCCUCCCCCUUCUCUACCCCUCACAAGAACACUGCUGGCCGUAUUCCCAUGACUCCUGGGUCGCGAGGCUCGAUUGACGGUAGCGCCUAUCACACUCCUGAUUCCGUUUCGCGCGGUCUCAACUUCCGGGCUAGCAUCAAUGGCUCCGUGAGACAGAGCCGUCUCCGCAACGUGGAGGGGGCUGGCGAGCCUGCCCUCCCACAAGAAGAUAUCGUCCAAUACAAGGCCAGGAAGUUGCGUCGCCAACACUUGAAAGCAAACUUGAAGAAGGCCUUGGAGGACAAGCAGGCGAAGGUGCUCGAUGUGCAAGCUCCAAAUCCCCUAGCGACAUGA